CCAGUUGCGAACAUCUUAUCCACAUUACGAUGAGGAAACACUUGCCACAAAAAAACAGAAUGAAUUUGUACAAUGGAUGAAAUUCUAUGUGCACACAUGCAACAAUAGAGGUGAGAGAUUACAUACCUGGUUAGAAGAGUUGGUAGAUGGUCCAUUGUCGCUUGCUCAAAUUUCACCGACUUACUACACACGUGGAUAUGCAUUCAAAGUGUUCCGAGAGAGAGAGAACAGAACAACGAUCAAUUCCGGAAUUAUCACGCAAGCCGGUAAUGUAAUAUAUUAUGGUGUUCUUCGGGAGAUAUUGGAGGUUGAGUUCCCAGGAGUUAUUAAUUUGAAAUGCAUAGUUUUCAUUUGUGAUUGGUAUGAUCCAUGUAAUGGGAGGGGAGUACGUGUAGAUAAAUUUGGUGUUACUGCAGUAAGAACAUCAAGAGUACUUGAUAGAUAUGACCCUUUCAUCCUCGCAUCACAAGGCGACCAAGUAUGUUACAUCCCCUAUCCUCGCAUUACCAAAAAACAAGAUUCAUGGGUUACUGUUACGCAAAUAAGCCCAAGAGGAAGAGUACACGGAGUUAUAGAAAAUGGACCUAUGCAACAAACAUAUGUUGGGAGCAUCUCUUCUGAUGAACUUAAUCAUGACGAUCCAACAACAGGAGAAUUAGAAAAAGAGACCACGAUCGAUGAGAUUUUGGAUGUUUAUGAAGAAGAGGCUGGAGAGUUUGAUGAGGAGUAUGAUUCCGCUUCAUCUGAAUAUUCAUCUGAGUCGGACUAAUAUUAUAUUCAUG